AUGUCGCUCUUCCCCUCCAAGUUCGACACCUCAUUCUCUGGUCCUACACACGCCUUCCUCGCCGCUGCAAAGUCGGGAGGCAAAAACGCCCCAAAACGCAAGAGGGAAUCGACCGGCAACACAAAUACUCCAGGAGGCAAAGGUCAGGAUGCCGCCGUAAAGCAAGCCGACGCCAAUUUCGAGAAGCUUCUCAAAAAAUUUGGAGAAGAGGCCGUAGUCAAGGAGAAGGGAGAGGGGAAAGAGGGAAUGGGACAGUUGCCUGGGCAAGGAAAGAAGAAGAAGCAGAGGCAAGAGAAGGUUGCAGAGCAGAGUCCUGCCCCUUCCCCUGCUUUCAAAGCUGGCAAGGGCAGGAAGAGUGUCAGCGCUUUUGACGAUGAGCCUGCUCCAUCCCCUGCCAAAUCUCAAAAGAAGAACAAGGGCGAUACGCCUCAAGGCAAGAAGUCAAAAGCAACCCCUACUACCAAAGCCGCCAAGGUUGACCCCGUGGAGCUUCCUAUUCCCUCAAUCCCCAAUGCUGGUACGAAGCUGCAGGUCGGUGGGGAGGGUAUGUCAGAUAUGCAGCAGAAGAUGCAAGAUAAGCUCGGCGGUGCCCGUUUCAGGUGGAUUAACGAGCAACUCUACUCUACUCCCUCAACCGAGGCUGUCGCUAUGAUGAAGAAGGAUCCCAAGAUUUUUGCCGACUACCAUCAAAGUCACCGUCUACAGACAGCUGCUUGGCCCUCUCCACCUCUCCCUCAUCUCGUCUCCCUCCUCUCCCCUCUUCGCGCUGGAGCGAUCAUUGCCGAUCUUGGAUGCGGUGAUGCCGGUCUCGCCAGAGAGCUUGUGCCGAAAGGAAAGGUAGUGCUGAGUUAUGAUUUGGUGGGAGAUAGUGGAUGGGUCGUUGAAGCCGAUUUUUUGACCCACGUCCCGCUUCCCGGUCGACCUGGCGUUGCCAAGAAGAACCCUGCAGCAAGCGAGGUGGUGGACGCGGUGGUCUGCUGUCUGAGUUUGAUGGGCGUCAACUGGGUUGGGGGCAUAUAUGAGGCGUGUCGCAUUCUGAAACAAGGAGGCGAAUUCCACAUCGCAGAAGUGACUUCCCGUUUCGUUGACAUUCCCGCCUUCAACGAGCUUGUCAUCUCUUUCGGCUUCUCUCUUGAGGGGGAAUCGCAACCCUCUACACACUUCACACUGUUCAAGUUUGUGAAAGAGGCUGAAGUCCCUCAGGGCCCAGCGAGAGGGGAGAAGGGUUGGGACGCAAGGGUCAAGGAGGGCGAAGGGAUCUUGAAGGGAUGCGUUUACAAGAAGAGAUGA